AUGUGUAUGGACCGCUCUCCUGAAUUCAUUGCAACCAUUCUCGCAAUCUUGAGGUCGGAGGCGGCUUCCGUCACACUCGAUCCGGACGGGUCUCCGGAAAGAAAUUGGGUCAUUGUGGAAGACUGCAAUGCGGAUCUUGUGGUCAAUACCCCAGUGGAUGGGACCGAGGCAAUGGAUGGUCCCACUCUCACACUAGUACCGCAGCUUAUUACAGUCGAACGGGGCCGUACCUUACAGCAGCAGGUUAUCAAAACAGUGAACCAUUCCCUAUGGGACAUUGUUCGAUAUUCCCAAUAUGGGCUUAAAAGGGUCAUUAACGCUGCUGGCCACCAAGACUCUGAACUCGACACGACGGUUAACAUUGCUGUGAAUGAGGCAGAUACCCCCGAGAAUACAAAGCAAAUUUUUCAGCCCCUGGGGUCUCGCCCUGUCUGGCAAACGGAAUUCACAACUCUCAAUAUUGAGGAGACAACUUCAGGCAUAGAACUUCGUCUCUCAUCUCGCAUGUCCCUUGAACUCGUCAGUGAGAGGGAAGAAGAUUUCUUUUUGGCAGAAUUUUCUCCGCAACCCAGCGUUCGGGCGCUUCAUGGUCAGUUUGAGUUGAUGGCACAACAACAUCCCUCGAAAAUUGCAGUGCAAUUCGAAACAAAAGAACAAAUCCCCCUAACCAUAGUUUUAAUCCUGUCCCUCCUAAAGCUUGGAGCAGCUUACCUUCCCGUCAGUCCUGAGAACCCUCUGAAUUGGAAUCUAUUCGUGGCACUCGAAGCUAACGCCAAAAUAGCCCGCACGGAAAUCAAACACAGUGAAUAUUUUCCAGCAGAAAAAUUAAGCUCUAUAUUUUUGGAUCAAGUUAACCUAGGGGAUCACUCUGCAUUGAAGCCAGAUGUUGAGGUUCGCUCAGAAGAUGCUGGAUAUCUCAUCUGUACGUCCGGCAGCACAGGUGUUCCGAAGGCAGUUGCUGCCAUUAAUAUCGUCAGCCACCUCCGCAAGGAUGGACAUCUAAUAUCUGCAGGAGACGUUCUCAAGUUCCCAAGUCUCAAAGAGAUGGCCGAGCGCAUGCGCGAAGAAAACGUCAAAGAUACGGAUGUGGAAAAGGCCACCUUCAAGGCUCCAGAUGAGAUUCGAUCUGCUAUUUCAACGUCUGGCCUUUUCCCUGAAGACUACGAGGAUAUUUACCCAUGCCCUCCCGGCCUAACGGAAUUUCUGACACAAGGUCACCGGCUCGCAUCUUUUUGGUGUCUAAUGACCAUUCGUUCUACGAACAAGGGAACUAACAUUGAGAUGUGGAUUGUUCAUAGCGGAAAAUGGUACGGAGUGGUUCUGAAGGAUGCCACCCCAAUCGCCGAAAUCCAUUCUCCCACUUCCCAAGCCGAAAAACAACAGAUCCUCGAGCGAAUCUGGAAAGGGGAAUUCAUUUUUAGCAGACCCGUCAUUCGGUAUGCUCUUCUACAAUACCCAGACGGGAACCUCGAAGUGGUUACAAAGAUGGACCAUGGGCUCUAUGACGGUACUCUUCUGCGUAUCUUCGACACGCAUUUCCAAACCUACCAGCAAAACACGCCAGUGGAAGAAUUUACCUCCUUUCGCUCAUUCGCCCACCAUGCAUGGCAAAGUGAGAGAGCCCCUGCGCUCGAGUUUUGGACACAGCCUUCCAAGCGCCCGAUAGGAUUCAAAUUCCCCCAAGUACCCCAGGGGACUCAGCCACAGGUAAACAACGUCGUCUUCUUGACAACUGAUAUCCAACUGGACCUCCUGGUAAGAGCGACUGGAGCAACACCAUCAAUUGUCUUCCAGGCAAUUUUCCAAAUCUGGCUUGCUCACCACAGCCACAGGAAGGAUAUUGGUUUCGACUAUUUAUACACAGGGAGGAAUGUCGACCUUCCAAACCCCCAAUCGAUAAACGGGACCUACGCCAAUUUCCUUCCAAUGAGGUCCACCGUGUUCCUCGACGACAAUGGCCAAAACAGUUUGGAUUAUUCGGAUUUGGACUCCAUCUCAGCACCACCACCACUAACCGCAUCCAACUCCUGGCACAGCUACCUCCAAACCACCCAAGAUGUUUUCUGGCAAUACACAGAACACUACACCAUGGGUCUCGAAGACAUAUACGCCGCCUGCUUCACAACCCGCGAACUUGCACUAAACAACACACUCUUCCUCUUCCAGCCCUUUGAGCCGAAACGGGCACAGGCACCAACCACUUCCAACUCCCCCUCAACACCCAGCCAGGAUCAAGAACUCCUGAAGUGGAUCGUCAUGGCAGAGUCGCAGGUGACCAUGCCACAGCCGUAUGCGCUUGUAACGGAAGUUACGAAGACGGCCAGUGGUGGACACAGGUUCAGGUUUAUGUUUGAUGACAUGGCUAUCAGUAGGGAGGAGGCGGAGAGAGCUUGUUUUGCUAUGGCAAAGAUGCUGGUCCGGGCUGUUGAGAUGGGGUCGGGGAAUGAGAAAGAGGGCCGGGUUCGGGAUAUGAGGAUUGGGGAUUUGGGGAGGGGAUUGUUGCAUGAAGGCUUGAGUUGGAUUCGGGGUGUUUCUUUUCCCCUUUUGCUUAUAUUUGCCCCCCCUUCUUCUCUUGUUUCGGCUUUCAGGGGCUUUUUCAUUGUUGUUAAAACUUAUUUGUUGGUUAUGCAAUGCAGAGACGACCAUUAUUAG